CACACACACAGUACCUAAAACAACAACCAACAAGGGGAACAACUGAUGUGCGGUUUUGGUUUCAUGGCUUACGGCUUUGAUUGCUGUCAUCGCUCAAUUGAUUUUUCACUAAUGCCGUCGAUUGGCAAACGCAAAACCGAAAUAAAAGUGAAAUGCAAAGCAUUAAAAACUGCAGAACUUAAACGCCAAAAUAAAUAAUUUGUCAUACAGUGAUGUGCGUGUGCGAUUUUGAGGCAAACAAUACAUACAAAUCGCCGAAAAGAAAGGAAAGAGCUUAU